AUGCUACGUUUGUCAAUAUUUUGCAUGCUACUGGCUCUAGCAGCUACUCAAAAUGGUUACGAUUACAACAAACCCGAUAGACCAUUUGGACCAACAUCAAGUCGACCCGGGUAUCCAGGAUCGUCAGGUGGCACAACCACACCAUAUCCUCUCAGAACUCAGAGUAACGACAAUGGAGGCCCUACUACAAGCUACCCAAAGGGACCUCUCAAUUACCAAGAUUCAAGUAAGGGACCAGGCUUUCCUAGUUCGUCGUAUCCAAGCCAAGGUUCUGUCGGACCUCUACGACCAUCUGGCGGACCAUCUAGUCCUGACUACUCUGGUGGACCUAGAAGCUCACCUUCUGGACCUAGAAACUACCCAAGUAGACCUGGAGGCCCUUCCAAUGGAUCAGGAGGUCCAGGAAGCUACGAUGCCAAUUAUCCACAAGGCUCCCGCGGACCAUCUGGAGGUUACCCUGGACAGGGAUACUCAUCUUAUCCUCAAGGAUCACGUGGACUAUCCGGUGAUCAAGGCGGUACAUAUCCUGGACAACCUGGCUCCAAUUUUGGUAACGUAGGAUUCACCGACAAUACUGGUUACUAUGAUGGUGGUGACUACUCAGCUAUUCCUGGUGAACCUUAUAUAGAUUAUCCCAUUCUGUCUUACAUCCCUCAGACCAGUUUUAACUGCAAUGCUCAGCAAUAUCCUGGUUAUUAUGCUGAUGUUGAAACCCGGUGUCAAGUUUUCCACGUUUGCGCUAAUAACAAAACAUAUGAUUUUCUCUGCCCCAAUGGCACAGUCUUUUCGCAAGAAUACUUUGUUUGUGUUUGGUGGAACCAGUUUACUUGCGAGUCUGCUCCAAGUCUCUAUGAAUUAAAUGCUAAACUGUAUGAUUAUUCUAAAAUGGGUUCUUCAGAUUUCCCAGUAUCUGGUUUUAAUGAUUACUACCCAGGAGACCUCAGAGGACCUCAGGGAUCAUCUUAUCCAGGAUCAGGGAACUCACGGCCAAAUGGAAAUUAUCCAAGCGGUUUUAGACCACAGGGACCAACAACUCUGUUCCCAAAUACGGGAUAUAGCGGUCAAGAUAGAAGAUUCCCCGGUACACAAGGUACCUUUGGUAAUAGGCCUUCAAGUAGUAGCCCACAAGGACCCUUGGGAAGUAAUCCUAACUCACAAAGACCUUCAGAAAAGUAUCCAGGUUCACAAGCAAGCUAUCCAGGUUCGCAACGUCCUUUAGGAAGUUAUCCUCAAACACCCGCAGGAAGUUACCCGAAUUCACAAGGCCCUUCAGGAAGUUUUCCGAGUUCACAAGCACCGUCAGGAGGUUACCCGGGUACACAAGAUAGCUCAGGACAGUAUCCGGGUGCACCAGGAGCCCCAGGAAAUUAUCCAAGCUCACAAGGUCCUUCAAGUAGCUAUCCAAGCAUUGGAGGGCCUGGCUCUAACGGUAGCGGUCCACAAGGUCAAUCAGGCGGACCGGGGAGCUCAAGUUCUCGAUACCCAAGCUCGACUACACCAUAUCCUGAAAAGGGUUCAGGAAGCCAAGGCUACCCAUCGGGCAAACCUAACGGCCCUAGUUUUCCUGGAGGUAAUGGGGGAACACAACCACCAACACCUAACAGAGAAUAUUUACCACCGAAAAAUUAG